AUGCCCAUGUCGACAAAGCGCAAGGCGCCGGCCAAGCUGGCCGCCCCCGCGGUCCGGUCGAGCGCAAAGAUCCCCACAAAGGCCGCGGUCAACGAGGCCAAGGCGUCCGUGUCGGGGACGGAUGCCCUCCAGAGCUCGCAGAUGGAGACGAUAGAGAUUUCGUCCGACGAGCCCAGCGACGAGGACCUGUCGGACGAGGAAGAGGACCAGCCCGCAAAGACCAACGGAGAGGAGGCCGCGCCCGCCCCUGCUGCCGCUAUCAAUGGCAAGCAGGCCGGCCGCGACGGCGCGGACGCGGAAGAGUCAGACGGAGAGCCCACGUCGCCGUCAUUCGGCGAGCUCCUGCGCGACAACGGCGCCAUCGACGUGCCCACGCUCCUCCAGCAGUCCAGCACCGCCAGCAACAACAACGCCGCCGCCCAGCGCCCGCGGACGGCCAUCGUGCCCCCCUCGCACCAGUCCCUCACGACGGUUCUCACCCAGGCCCUCAAGACGGACGACACCGACCUCCUCGAGUCCUGCCUUCACACCACCGACCUGACGACGAUCCGAAACACCAUCGAGCGCAUCGACAGCUCCCUCGCCGGCACGCUCCUCACCAGCCUGGCCGCGCGGCUGUACAGGCGGCCCGGGCGCGCCGGCAACCUCAUGACGUGGGUCCAGUGGACGCUCGUCUCCCACGGCGGCGCGCUCGCCUCCCAGCCCAAGGUGGUGCAGAGCCUCAGCAGCCUGCAAAAGGUGCUCGCCGAGCGAGCAAAGGGGCUUAACAGUCUCCUGGCCCUCAAGGGCAAGCUGGACCUGCUGGACGGCCAGAUGGACCUGCGGCGCAAGAUGCAGCGCGGCUCUGGCGGCCUGCCGCAGCUGGGCGACGCCGACGAGGACGCCGAGGACGAUGAGGACGUCAUCUGGGUGGAGGGCGAUGCCGACAAGGAGCUGGCCAACGGCACGUCGCGGCCGAGGAGAAGACGGAACCAACACAGCGACGACGAGGACGACGGGCCCCUGGCAAACGGCGUCGUGGGCGACUCUGAAGACGAGGAAGAGGACGACGACGACGUCGAGGAGGACGACAGCGAGGGUGACGACGGUGACGAGCCGCUGGACGAGGACGAGGUCGACCACGACGACGUGGACGAGUCGAUGGGCGAGGACGAGGAGAGCGACGUCGAGGCCGCGGCGCCGCCGUCCAAGAUGCAAAAGAUGGCGCGCUCGCCCUUUUCCAAACGAAAGUGA